AUGGAAAAUAACAAUAACGUCACCCAAUUCAUUCUUUUGGGACUUUCCCAGAACAAGAAAAUUAAAAAUAUGUGCUUUGUAUUAUUCUUAUGGUGUUACAUAGCUAUUUGGAUGGGAAACUUGAUCAUAAUGAUUUCUAUCACAUGCAGUCAACUAAAUGGCCAACCCAUGUAUUUCUUCCUUAAUUACCUUGCUCUCUCGGAUCUGUGUUAUACCUCAGCGGUGAUUCCCAAGCUAGUCACUGACUUGCUGGCUGAAAGUAAUGCAAUUUCUUAUGCUAGCUGCAUGGUGCAGCUUUUUGCCAUGCAUUUCUUUGGGGGGAUUGAAGUCUUUAUUCUCACAGCUAUGGCCUAUGACCGAUAUGUGGCCAUCUGCAAGCCCCUGCACUACAUGAUCAUCAUGAACAGACAGAAGUGCUAUGCUAUAGUUGGUGCUUGCUGUGCUGGGGCAUUUCUGCAUUCCUUUGCCCAGUGUCUCCUCACUAUUACCUUACCUUUCUGUGGUCCCAAUGAAAUUGAUCACUAUUUCUGUGAUGUGUAUCCUUUGCUGAAACUGGCCUGCACGGACACCUACAGAGUCGGGAUUCUAGUGGUUGCCAAUUCAGGCAUGAUGGGUUUGGUGACCUUUGUGGUUGUGAUGCUAUCCUAUUUUUUGAUAUUGCAUACCAUCAGGGGUUACCCUGCAGAGAGCCGUAGCAAAGCUCUUUCCACUUGCAGUUCCCACAUCACAGUCGUGGUUCUGUUCUUUGCGCCUGUCCUCUUCAUUUACAUUAGACCAGCCGCCACUCUUCCAGAAGACAAAGUGUUUGCUCUCUUCUACACCAUCAUUGCUCCCAUGUUCAAUCCUCUGAUUUACACCCUCAGAAACAUGGAGAUGAGGAAUGCUUUAAGGAAAAUGUGGUGCCAGAAACGAUUCUUGACUGGCAGACAAAAUUUUGAGAUCUAUUGUAAGAAUUUGAUGAAUUCAAUUAUGUAA